UUCACUAGUAAAUAGUAAUCGUAUCUAUUUGAGUAGAAUCAGAUGCGAGUAUUCUGUCACAUUUAGCCUACAAUUUUUGCUAUCCGUCUCGCUAUCUCAUUUUUGAACGAGACGAAUGAAGUAGUUUGUAUCACGUUGUAGGUUAAGAUUGUAACAAUGAUAUUUUUGUAGCAUAAUAUCUAUGGGUGCAACGUGGUAACGAACAAUCCUGUGCCCUCAUAAUCUUUGACAUUGGGGUUCAUUUUCAGAGCAGUGUUUAAAGACUACAAGAAUGUGACAGUGAUUUCCUACUUCCAAAACGCUUCCGCUGUCAUCUUAAAGAAACACACCGCCUCUCAUCAAGCAUCAUCAUGUUUUAUUUGAUUUUAUUGGAGUGGAUCGGGGUGAUAAAGUUGGUAUUGUGAUAGGCUGGGGCGGAUCAGAAUGACCCUGAUUCGCUGUUGUCUCUGAACCCUUUCUGGCACGUAACAAAGGCUCAGCCGUGACUGUCACUUGUGUUCUACCAGCUGCGACACUCGGUGCUCGAUUGCUUUCGACUGUAAGGACCAUGGCGGAUACAUGGGAUAAUGUUACAAUUCCUGAGUUCAACUCCCUUCUUCAAAUGGAUCCCUACCUCAAGCAGUACGAAAAGGACUUCAGGAGGAGGUAUGGGCUGUUUGAGAAGCGUCUGUUCCUCCUGGAGGAGGCAGAAGGGGGCUUUGAUCAGUUCACUAGAAGCUACAGGACCUUUGGCGUGAACCGCAUGGCUGACAACAGACUGGUGUUGAGGGAGUGGGCCCCAGCCGCGGAGGCCCUUUUCCUUACUGGAGACUUCAAUGGUUGGGACAACUUCUCUCAUCCGUACGAGAAGAAAGAGUUUGGAAAAUGGGAACUGUGUCUGCCCCCCAAGCAUGACAAGUCACCAGCCAUCGAACACAACACCAAACUCAAGGUUGUGGUCCACACUAAGAAAGGGGAGCGUCUGUACCGCAUUUCACCUUGGGCCAAGUACGCCAUCCAGGCCGAGAAACAAGUCAUCUAUGACUGGGUCCACUGGGACCCUCCUCAACCUUACAUGCACAUCCACCCUCGCCCCAAGAAGCCCCAGAGUUUACGGAUCUACGAGUCCCACGUGGGCAUCGCCUCACCUGACCCUAAAGUCGCCUCCUACACCAACUUCACAAUCAAUGUCCUGCCUCGAAUAAAAGACUUGGGGUACAACUGUAUUCAGCUGAUGGCUGUCAUGGAGCAUGCAUACUAUGCCAGCUUUGGUUAUCAAGUCACAAGCUUCUUUGCUGCAUCCAGUCGUUACGGGACACCAGAGGAGUUGAAGCAGCUCAUUGACACCGCCCACUCCCUGGACAUCGUCGUCCUAUUGGACGUGGUCCAUAGCCACGCCUCCCAGAACACGGAGGAUGGGCUGAACUCUUUUGAUGGCUCCGACUCCUGCUUCUUCCACUCCCCUCCGCGCGGGGAGCAUGCUCUCUGGGGCAGCCGCCUCUUCAACUACUCCAGCUGGGAGGUGCUGAGGUUCCUGCUGUCUAACCUGCGUUGGUGGAUGGAAGAGUAUCGUUUUGAUGGCUUCAGGUUCGAUGGGGUGACGUCCAUGAUGUACCAUCACCAUGGCAUUGGCAGUAUGUUUUCAGGAGACUACUCUGAGUACUUUGGUCUUCAGGUGGAUGAAGAUUCCCUGGUCUAUCUGAUGACAGCUAAUCAUGUCCUGCACACCCUGUAUCCUGACUGCAUCACCAUCGCAGAGGACGUAUCAGGGAUGCCAGCUGUGUGCCGGUCCGUGGCAGAGGGAGGGUUGGGCUUUGACUACCGUCUAGCCAUGGCCAUUCCAGAUAAAUGGAUCCAGAUUCUGAAGGAGUUGGCAGACGAGGCCUGGGACAUGGGUAACAUUGUCUACACUCUGACAAACAGACGAUACGGAGAGAACUGCAUCGCGUACGCAGAGAGCCACGACCAGUCUCUGGUAGGUGAUAAGUCCCUGGCCUUCUGGCUGAUGGAUAAAGAGAUGUACACCAACAUGAGUUCCCUGAUCCCCAUGACUCCCGUCAUCGACCGAGGCAUCCAGCUACAUAAGAUGAUCCGCCUCCUCACACACGCUCUGGGGGGAGAGGGCUACCUCAACUUCAUGGGUAAUGAGUUCGGCCACCCAGAGUGGCUGGACUUCCCUAGGAAGGGUAAUAAUGAGAGUUAUCACUACGCCAGGCGUCAGUACAACCUGCUGGACACUGACCACCUCCGUUACAGACAGCUCUAUGACUUUGACCGGGACAUGAACCGUACCGAGGACAAGUACGGCUGGCUGGCUGCACCACCGGCGUUUGUGAGUGCCAAGCACGAGGGAGACAAGGUGAUAGUGUUCGAGAGAGGCAACGUGCUGUUUCUGUUGAACUUCCACCCAACCAGGAGCCAGACCAACUACAGGGUGGCUGUGGCCUCGCCUGGGAAAUACACCAUCAAGCUGGACAGUGAUGAGGUGCAGUACGGGGGCCAUGGCAGACUGGACCACAACACAGAGUUUUUUACUGAACCACAGCCCUUCAACGAGAGAGACAACUCUAUGCUGGUGUACAUCCCCUGCAGGACAGCUCUGAUCCUGGGUAAUGACGAUACCGAGUCCUGUUAUUAGACCUCUGCUACUACUGACGCUCGAUACCAGCAGAAACAGACGUCCAGCUGGCUACCAACCUCAAGUGUUAUCAACCAAUCACUGUCCGUUUUUUUUUUUUCAGUGUCGACCAACCACACGCCACUAAUGCCCCCCCCCUCCCCCCUUUCCCUCCCACCCUUCCCCAUUUAUCACAACUUUUGUGAGUUCCUAUGUUUUUUCCAUACACCUUUAACAAUAGUUAGUAGAUUACCAUAUUAACAUCAUCUGUAACGCAGCAUGGUGUUUCCCACUAUAACCGAGUCGGGGCCUUGUUGAAUAGGUGAUUAUAUAUGUUCAACUAAUAUGAUGUAACUCUGGAUGAGGGUUGCAGAAUUCCACUAACUUUCCCCAAAGUUCCCAGGUUGGAAGAUUUCAGGAAUCAGAGAAGAAUAAUGCAGGAAAACCUGGACAUUUUUUUUUUUUUGGGGGGGGGGGGGGGGAGUUCCCGUAAUUCUGCCAUUUACACAGUAUAUAUCAUUCAUAUUUUGAGUCCAUCCACCCACCACUAGUUUUCCAAGCCUUGGUAUGACACCUACAACACUUGAAAAGAAACCGUGGUACAGGGAUAUGGUAAUGCUAAUAUGCUAACAUAAAGCAUUACUUGUGGUACGGUAAUGCUAACAUAAAGUAUUACUUGUGGUACAGUCAUGCUAACAUAAAUUAUUACUUGUGGUACAGUAAUGCUAACAUGCUAACAUAAAUUAUUACUUGUGGUACAGUAAUGCUAACAUAAAGUAUUACUUGUGGUACAGUAAUGCUAAAUGCUAACAUAAAGUAUUACUUGUGGUACGGUAUUGCUAACAUGCUAACAUAAAGCAUUACUUGUGGUACAGUAAUGCUAACAUAAAGCAUUGCUUGAGUUACAGUAAUGCUAACAUGCUAACAUAAAGUAUUACUUGUGGUACAGUAAUGCUAACAUAAAGCAUUUACUUGUGGUACAGUAAUGCUAACAUGCUAACAUAAAGCAUUACUUGUGGUACAGUAAUGCUAACAUAAAGCAUUUACUUGUGGUACAGUAAUGCUAACAUGCUAACAUAAAGCAUUACUUGUGGUACAGUAAUGCUAAUGCAGUUAGCAAUAGUACUACCUUCUCCACUGAUUCCAGCGUGCACAGGCUUGUAAUAAUAUUAUUUUACAUAUAUAUUGCAUUAAGAUCGGUGUGCUAUUUAUAUAAAAACACAAGACGCAUGCAAUUUUUGAUAUAUAAUUUAACGCUUAUGAUUUUGUAUUUAAAUGCCAACAAUGUUUUGCAAUUGGCCAUCCGAAAGUGUAUACUAUAAGAGUGUAUACUAUUUAAAAGUGUAUACUAUGAGAGUGUGUACUAUUUAAAAGUGUAUACUAUAAGAGUGUAUACUAUUUAAAAGUGUAUACUAUAAGAGUGUAUACUAUUUAAAA